AUGGCAGUUCCAAGCGUCUCUCGGACCCGUCACAGAGUCAGACAUCAACUCCCAGCCGUAAUGAUGCGAUCCGGUACUUCCAAAGGCCUUUUCUUACACCGAAAAGACCUCCCUCGGGAUCAAGAAGAGUGGGCGAAAGUGCUCUUAUCUGUGAUGGGGUCUCGGUAUGGUGACAAGAAACAGAUAGAUGGGAUAGGAGGAGCGACAUCCACGACUUCAAAAGUAGCAGUGGUGUCGAAAUCUGAAAGAGAAGAUGCGGAUGUAGAUUACACGUUUGCCCAGGUAGCUGUAGGACAGGAAAAAGUCGACUUCUCAGGAAACUGUGGAAACAUGGCUUCAGGUGUGGGACCAUUUGCGUUAGACGAGGGAUUAGUGAAGGUUUUACCUGGACAGACUGAAGUUGACAUCCGUAUAUACAACACUAAUACACGUAAACUUCUUAUAGAGAAUGUACAAGUAGAUGAUGAAGGCCACUUCUGGGAAUUCGGAGAUUGCCAUAUCGGUGGUGUCAAAGCCGCUGGUAGCGAGAUCAAAGUCCAGUUUGUCAAGCCGGCAGGAAGCAUGACUGGUGAGCUGUUUCCUACGGGGGAGCGAAGCGAAACAUUAGCGAUUGGCAAUGUUCCUCCACUAGAGAAUAUGUGUGUGCAAGUUACUUUGAUCGACGCAGCGAAUCCGUUCGUGUUCGUCGACUCGAGAAGUUUGCCUCUGAGCUACCAUACUGAGGGACCUGCAGCAUCGAGUUCAUUAGCAUUGGUCGAGGCGAUAAGAUGUGCGGGUGCAGUCAAAAUGGGCCUUGCUACUGAUCCCAUAUCCGCUGGACUAAUUGGAGGAACACCGAAGAUUGCAGUUGUGUCUGCACCUCCAUUUGAUCUCACAGGAGCAGGUCCCGAUAUAAAAGUGCAGUCAUUUAGUAUGGGCAAGCCGCAUCCAACGCUUCAGCUUACUGGAGCGGUGUGUCUGGCUUCAGCUAUCUCUACACCAGGAACGAUACCUCAUCAGCUAUCAAAACUUGAUACUGUUCUAACCCCAGCUACGACCCCGCCAUACGAGCAGGAGCUCCAUGAGUCUUUCUUUUCACCAGAGGAGAGUUUGUUCGAGGACAAAAAAGUCAAGAUUCAGCAUGCUAGUGGCAACAUUGAUGCCGUAGUUCGGAAAGAUAUCUUAGGUGCGAAUGUGGAAAGUGUUUCGCUUUCACGGACUGCCCGCAGGAUAUUUUCUGGCAAUGUGCUAUUCGAUAUUUAG